AUGGUUUUAAAUUUAGCAGUAAUCAGUUGCAAAAUAGAUAUAGCUUCACCCACUAAAGAUUUGAAAGAAGAGAUUAUCAAAGAGAUAACUAAACGAAUCUUACAGAAUAGAUAUGGAUUUAGCAGGAAACAAGUGAAUGAUUUAUUCUCUACCCAGAAAAAUGGAAGUACGUUUGAAGAGCCAUUGCCCUGCAAUAGAGACGAUAAACUUAGCAUUAGAGAUGUAAGAGCUGAAGCUUAUGCCUUAGCUCUAUCAGCAAAAAAUGCUAACGCUGGCUCAUCACGUCUCACUCGUCUUCGUAGAGAAUUAAGGAACCUUAGUGCAUCACUUGAGAUAAUUGAGAUUACAAAAUUUCUAGAUAUUACAAAAGAUGCCAACAAAAUCCAGAGUGUCUUAGAAUCAGUCAAAGAAAGAUUAAAUGCGUAUGAUAUUAAAACUUUAUCUAAUUGUCAAGCUCUUGCUGAUGUUAUGGUGAUGCUUUGUAUUCGUCCUGCUGAACUUAAAACUUAUGCAUUACAGAUGCUGGAGUGA